UUGUUGGUUAGCAUCAGAAGAAAGGGACUCAAAAUGCCUGAGCCAGCCAAGUCGGCGCCCGCGCCCAAGAAGGGCUCUAAGAAGGCGGUGACCAAGACGCAGAAGAAGGGCGACAAGAAGCGCAAGAAGAGCCGCAAGGAGAGCUACUCCAUCUACGUGUACAAGGUGCUGAAGCAGGUGCACCCGGACACGGGCAUCUCCUCCAAGGCCAUGGGCAUCAUGAACUCCUUCGUCAACGACAUCUUCGAGCGCAUCGCCGGCGAGGCGUCGCGCCUGGCGCACUACAACAAGCGCUCGACCAUCACGUCGCGGGAGAUCCAGACGGCCGUGCGGCUGCUGCUGCCCGGCGAGCUGGCCAAGCACGCCGUGUCCGAGGGCACCAAGGCCGUCACCAAGUACACGAGCUCUAAGUAGAGCGUCUUCGGAACGUCAGUUUUAACCCAAAGGCUCUUUUAAGAGCCACCCACGUAGUCUUUUAAAGAGCUUUAACACAUGCGUAUAUAGCAAAGCGCGAACAUGUUAACUGAUAAUGUUGUCUUUAAAUAUGCUUUUUAAUCAGUUUUUCCGAGUUUGUGCUUUUCAAAAUCUUAAAAAGGUGAAGUGACAGUUUCAGAUAUGUGUAUAAAAUCAAUUUGUAGCUUUUAACUGUCGAAUUGUUGUUUAUCCCUUCUAAUAAACGUGAAUACUACUCUUAAGAUUCAUUCGAAAUAGCUGAAUGCACUAAACACUU